AUGGCCACGCUCGCCACGGCAGUCCAUACCCCCGCAACUAUGCCACCCCCUUCCGUGUCCUCGCGACAUCACGCUCCUCGUUCAGCCAGCCUGACGCCAGCCUCAGCACGGGACAUGCCAGCUGAUCCCGCCGUGGGGACAAUGCCGCCCGGGUUCGAUGCCGCCGUGGGACAGCUGGAAACGUUUGUCCUUCCAGAGGCCGUCACUGGCUCCGUCGCCGAUGUGGCUAUGGGGCGGUCCCUCGUCGCUGCUUGGCAGCGCGAUGGCAUUCUUCAAGUCUGCAUGAGCCCUCUGCAAAGACGACUGUAUGAAGCUGCCGACGCCCAGAGCAGGCGCUUCUUCGCGAGACCGCAGGCUGAGAAGCAGGCGUGCGUCGACUCACAGAGUUACUCCGGUUAUGUUGCCUCAGGGGAAGAAAUCACCGACGGCAUUGCCGACUACUCGGAGAUCUUUACCGUCACCAAGGAUCUCCCCUCAUCUGACCCGAGGGUCCAGAGCCGCUGGCCAUGCCACGGCCCAUGCCCCUGGCCAGACCAGAAGAUGAAGCAAGUCAUCAGCCGCUACAUCGCCGACCUGGGCACGGCUGGACAGAAGUUGCUGGCGUUGAUCGAGCUCGGACUAGACGUUCCUACCGGGUCGUUGACGCAGUACACCAACGAUGGCUGGCAUCAUAUGCCCAGGUUUCCGGCCCGACACAAGACCAAUGGGAAGGGCAAAGCCGGCCGUGGCAUCGGGUCUCACACAGACUAUGGGCUGUUGGUGAUGGCAGCUCAAGAUGACGUCGGAGGUGAGUCUCGCGUCGGCGAUAGCUUUGCCAACUGGCAGCAGAGUGCUGCCGGCGUAAAGGAGGACGACUCAUCGGCCGUCACUGACUGUUCAGGCGAUAUGCUCCAGUACAUGACCAACAACGCGCUGCUGUCGACUCCGCACAAGGUCGGGCUCAACACGCGGGAGCGGUUCGCGUUUGCCUACUUUCACGAGCCCAACUUUCGCUCGGUAGUCAAGCCGCUGCCUGGGUACAACGCCGGCCAGGCACCGACUGAGGGCAUCCAUUACGGUACCCACUUCACCAACAUGUGCCUGCGCAACUAUCCAGACCGCGUGACGACGAAGCGGCUGGCGGCGGAGGACAGGUACCAGAUGCUGAGCACCUCCCAGCUCCGUUGA